AUUUCCCCCCGACAUGUUCAAAAGAAUCGAGGCCCUUGAUUCAGCAUCUGCCGACAACAACGAUUUCAAGCCCUUCAGCCACCGCCUCCUCCACAAGCUAGCCGCCGAGGAUCCCGCAGUCGCAGCCAGAAUCAACGAAGCCUACGACGCCUACUUGGAAAAGGAAAAGAACAUGGUCGUUGACUUCCAAAAGGACAUCAAAAAGCUUGACUAUGCCAUCCCUAGCACAAGCGCCGGUGCCACAACACCGGCAGAGAUCCCUAGUGUUUCCUCGAAAAUCGAAUCGACGUUUUUCACCAGUGUGAGCAGAAUUUGCGGUCGAACAUACGAAUUCUCGUCUUUCGGCACCAAGAAAAACGCUUUGGAUGCGCUGAGGAAGCUGCUCGUCUUGAUAGUCCAGAUCCCAGACAAGAAAUUGCGGGCCGCGGUCGUAGAUCAUAUCAACACCGAAGAUGGGGGCAGAGUCGCCCCCAGCAUGGCAGACAUCGUACACUCCUUGACUUAUGAAGAGCGCGAACUGGUGUGCAGGAUGGCAGUAGAUGGAGCCAGAGUUACAGUAGAUGAGACUGGAUGUUGGAGAGGGACGUUUCAUACUAAGUUCCUUGAGCUGAAAGAACGGGAUUUACUCGAUGCGGGCUUUGAGAUCAACUUCGCUCCUUUCGUGCGGCCGCUGGAGAUAUGGCCGGAGGACAUUGAGGAGGAUGGCUCUGAUUUCGAUCCGGAGUUAGCCAUGGAGGCGGAUUAUGAGGAUGGUAUCUAG